GCUCCUAUACUGUAACAAACAACUACUUCUCCUACUCUUUACCCGCCAUUAAUACCCACUCCUACACCUCACCUUACCUCCACAACAUGGACAGAACUAGCGGCGGCGCUGUGCUGGUGCGACCGGACCCCAAAACCGGCCUUAUUUCCUCGGCAAUUGACUGGUUGGAAUGGGCAUUCGUCAAGCUGAUUCCCGAUUCUAAGCACCACUCUCCCUGUCUCUCCGGUAACUUCGCCCCCGUCGAUGAGACUCAUCCUCUCUCCGACCUCGCCGUCAAAGGAGAUCUUCCGGAAUGCCUAAACGGUGAGAUCGUCAGGGUAGGUCCGAACCCGAGGUUUGCUCCGGUUGCUGGAUAUCACUGGUUUGAUGGUGACGGAAUGGUUCAUGGUGUGCGCAUAAAAAAUGGGAAAGCAACCUAUGUCUCCCGCUUUGUGAAGACGUCACGGCUCAAACAAGAAGAGAUUUAUGGGGGAGCAAAAUUUGUGAAACUUGGUGACUUGAGAGGGAUUUUUGGACUUAUCAUGGGUACUAUGCAUAUGCUAAGGACAAAACUCAAAGUACUUGAUGCUUCCUAUGGAAAUGGCACAGCUAAUACAGCUCUAGUAUAUCAUCAUGGGAAGCUUUUGGUGCUUGGUGAGGCAGAUAAACCAUAUGUUAUGAGAGUUUUGGAAGAUGGAGACCUGCAGACCAUUGGCAUGAUGGAUUACGACAAAAGACUGUCACAUUCUUUUACUGCCCAUCCUAAGGUGGAUCCCCUCACCGGGGAAAUGUUUACCUUUGGAUAUUCUCAGACACCACCAUAUAUCACAUACCGAGUCAUAUCAAAGGAAGGUGUGAUGCAGGAACCAGUGCCGAUAACAAUACCAAAAUCAGUCAUGAUGCAUGAUUUUGCCAUCACCGAAAAUUAUGCGAUUUUUAUGGAUUUACCGUUAUACUUCAUGCCAAAGGAGAUGGUAAAGGAAAACAAACUUGUUUACACUUAUGAUCAUACUAAGGAAGCUCGUUUUGGGAUUCUUCCACGAUAUGCUGAAAAUGAGAUGCUAAUAAAGUGGUUUGAGCUUCCAAAUUGCUUCAUUUUCCACACCGCAAAUGCUUGGGAGGAAGGAGACGAAGUAGUUCUUAUCAGCUGUCGGAUUGAGAAUGCUGAUCUUGACGUUUUCAACGGCUCUGUUAAAGAAAAGUUUGAGAAUUUUAAAUGUGAACUGUAUGAGAUGAGAUUCAACCUUAAAAGUGGUCAGGCUUCACAGAAAAGAUUAUCUGCAUCAGCGGUAGAUUUUCCCGUAGUGAAUGAACGCUACACGGGCAGGAAACAAAGAUACGUAUAUGGCACAAUAUUGGACCAUUAUCCUAAGGUAACUGGAAUUAUAAAAUUUGAUUUACAAGCAGAACCAGACAUAAAAAAGGAAAAGCUUGAAGUGGGAGGAAAUGUUAGUGGCAUCUUUUAUCUCGGACCUGGGAGAUUCGGAUCAGAGGCGAUCUUUGUUCACAGGAAUCCUGAUAAUACAUGUGAGGAAGAUGAUGGCUACUUAAUUUUCUUUGUCCAUGAUGAGAGCACUGGGAAGUCAGAAGUGAAUAUAAUCGAUGCAAAAACGAUGUCGCCUGAUCCUGUUGCUACAGUGGAACUCCCCAGAAGAGUCCCAUAUGGUUUCCAUGCCUUCUUUGUAACUGAGGAGCAACUUCAGAAACAGGCUUAGCACUGACAAGGUUUCGAGGAUAUUAUUAUGGAAUAAUAGCAAUGCCUUUUCCCACUAAAAAGAGGCAUGGUGGUAUAUAAUAAUUCAUAAAUUAUAGAUAGUGUGCAUCAUGCAAGUGUUAGUGUUAAACUAAUACUUGGGGACUUAUUUGUAUAUUAUAUUUCACCAAAGCUGUAUUUUUACAAUUAUCACGUUAAUUUUUAUGAGUUUCUAAAAUCAAAA